CCUGUCUAACCCAAGAGCCUCUGAAGACAUGCCUGGCUAGUAGAAGUACAGCCGUGUAACAGUAAAGGUUCUCGUGAGUGGAAGUGCUGUGGUCUCUGCCUGCUUGCGCCCGUCUCUAGACUCCUUGAAACAUAUUCACGGUCUAGGUAUUACUUGUAAGAGUUAUCUUCCUCAGGUCAGAAAGUCACCUGGCUAGAUUUUCAAUUUGCCUUAGUAAAAAAAAAAUAAGAAAUAAGGUAAAUGAUAAGAAUAUAGAUAACUGAAAGCUACCAACUUGCCCGAGAACAAUGUCGUCUGACUCCAUUCGUCGGUCCCUGGUGGUACUGAUUGUGGUGGCGUUGGUUACGGAAUCCAGAGCUCAUAUUGGGAGCUGCGAGGACCACUCGUUCGAAUGUUCCAAGUGGAGAGGAUGGGGUCUGUGCGAUUCCAAUCUCCGGUUCAUGGCGCUGAAUUGUCCGGUUACCUGCAACGUCUGCCUAGAUCCCGGAUGCUUCGACAGGAGUCAGGAGUGCUCAGAGUGGGUGCAGUUGGGAUUAUGCAAUCGCAACAGGCAGGUUCAGAGGACGUGUCCCCAUUCCUGCAGCCUGUGUCAAAUUCCAGAAUUUUUCACGAAAACCCAGAGCAUCGCUGAACCCGACUUUGAAUGUGGCAGACCAGUAACACAAGGCGGUGGAAGAGGGAGGAGACAGAUUAUCUUCCCAGAUGAACUACAAGACUACCUCAGAAGUCGCCCUAAUAAUCCCCAGGAUCCCCACGAUGUCCUUGAUCCGCAUGGCCCCGAUGAUCAUCAUCAUUUCGAUGAAGAAGAUCAUCACGAUCCACAUAACGAUCCGCAUCGUCCAGAUGAUCGUCAUAGGCCUCAACCUAUCAAGAAAGGUCCUGUUGCCACUAUUGACGUCACCGAAACCUUCUGUGGCGCCACACUCAUCCAUGAGAGGUUCCUCUUGACGGCUGCUCACUGCGUCCUAGAUCCUGACAAACCUGUGAGGACAGUUCGUCUAGGCGAGCUGGAUUUCUCCAAAGAAAACGAGGCCUUUUCCGCUCCGGUCGACUACAGUGUGAAGCUCAUCACGCUUCAUCCGGAAUACAAGACAAAUACGCUAGAGCGGUAUAACGACAUCGCCCUCAUUGAAACGACGGAGAAAGUCCAGUUCAACGAUGUUGUCUACCCCUUCUGUCUCCCAAAAAGAAGACCUACGAACGGUGCCACAGUGACUGGAUCCGGCUUCGGUUUGGUUAACAACACUGAUCGCUCCACCCACGUACAAGAGGCGGACCUGACGAUAGUGGACUCCAACAUGUGUUGGAGCAUGUACGAACGUGAAGGAUUGGGGAACACCAUAAGAACUCAGUAUCCUCUUCUUUUCCAAGGGACAGAUAUUAUGUGCGCUGCCUUUCCCGGCAGAGAUGCCUGUCAGGGCGACUCCGGAGGUCCUCUCUUCCAAGACGUUUUCGGGCAGCGCUUUCUGGUGGGCGUCAUCGGCCAGGGCAUCUCCUGCAGGGGCAACGGCGUCCCCAGCUUACCCGGCUUCUACAUCAGCGUGGCUGACCACAUCGAUUUCAUCAACAGCGUAAUUUAUCCAUCGUAAAUGGGUCGUGUUUCAUUCCGGACUGUUGGCUGCGCUCCCGGCGGUAUGGGUCUUUCUU